CACCAGCGGAUGGGCUGGGCGCUCCAGAGCUCUCACACGUCUGUGCAUAUGACACCAGCAUUUGGGAACCAAACCUGUCAUCUUGUGUCUCCGCAGACCUGCAGAAACUCUGACCUCACCUCCCCCGGCCCUGUCUGCGCAGCCCCCUCGGCGGGGACAUGUGGUGGUGACACUGUUGGCCUUCCCUGGCAGUCACAGCUUCCUGUCCAGGACGUGCCAGCUCGGCUGCAGCUUCUCCAUUUCCUCUGACGCCCUUAAAUCCCCAUGGAGCCAUAUCCGUAACCAUGGCGACGCGGGUCGAGGUCAGCACCAUCGCAUCACUGACAGCAGUGCCAGGCCUCGGUGACAUUGGCAAGGAGGAGUCCCUGAAGCGGGCCUACUUUUGCCAGGCUGCUGCCGAUCCCUCGGGGGUAGCCUCUGCCCGGGGCCUGGAGGCCAAGGGCAUCCUCAGGAGCUCUGGCUCCUUGUUCCCUCUGCCGAGACUCGCCCCCAAGCCCUUCUCCAAAGAGCAGGCUUCAGAGGGGAAGCCCCCUGCCAGACUCUCCGAGGAGGUGGUGGCAGCGAAGGUGUCCAGUGUGGUGACAGAGGCGGGCAGUGUGUUCAGCAGGGCCUCAUUCCUGAGGCCCAAUCGCAGCACCAUGACCCUCUUAGGAAGCACCCAAGCCAGUCCCGCUCCGGGAAAUGGGGUAGGCCACAGGCCCCAUGAGACCCCACCUGGCUCUCGGCCUGAGGUGGCCGCCAAGCCUGCUGUGCCCGCCCGGAAGCCAGUGGUGCCCCUUCCUCGACCAGCCGCCCUCCCGCAGGAUACAAGGUCACCUAUAGCUGCGGAGGGGCCGGGCCCUGAGCAGCCCCGUUUGAAGGCCAGCAGUGUGGAGGACACGGCCGGCCCCAUCCCAGAGCCCAAGCCUCGCCUCAAGCAGAGGCCGGUAUCUGCCAUCUUCAUUGAGGCCCUGCAGCCUCAAAGACCAGGCCCCGGCGGGUUGGCCGCGGUGGGGAAAACACCCCCGACUCCACCCGAGAAGACCUGGGAGAGGAGGCCCAGACCCCUGUCCGUGGACCUCACAGCCCGAUUCGAGAACAGAGAGGCCUUGCUGAGGAAAGUGGCAGAAGAAGGACAAGGAGGCACGGCGGAUCCCAGCACAGAGCGGCGGGGCCCAGAGAGGCCCAGCCCCGAGCCCAAGGGGGACGGGGAGUGUGUGGCACAAGCGGAGGCUCCCGGUCAUGAGCCAGGCUCGGACUUCCUGGAAGUGACCAGGAAAUUCCGUGACCGCCAGGAGAAACUGCUUGUCAAGCAGGUGGAGCCGAGCAGUCCCAGGAGUCCCGGGGGCUUGGCCAGGGCCAUCCCCAGGGAUGAACCAUAUCCUUGGGAAGAGAAAGCCUGGCAGGACGGGGAGGAGCCAGAGAAGACUCCCGCAUCCCCUUUGCCCAAGUUGGGCAAAGUCCCAGAACUUGCUGAGGUCAAGAGCAGAAGUACCGAUGGGGAGACAGGCUCAGCAGGUGCAACGUGGGUCUCCAGGGGCAGCGUCAGGAAGCGGCUCAGCCUAUUCGGAGAGGACAGUGCCUUGGCCUCACCAGCCAGGCCUGAAUCCCCCCUGGCCACCCCUGAGUCUCCAUCCCCAGCGCCCGAGCCUGAAAAAGGGGGCCCGAGCGUCCAGGAGCGGAUCAAGGGCUGGGCCGUGGAGAGCCCUGAGGCGAAGCCGGAGUUCAGGAGGAGGACGUUCCAGGCGCGGCCACUGUCGGCGGAUCUGACUAAAUUGUUUUCAAGUUCAGCUUCAAGCCACGAGGUCAGAUACGAGAAGAUUUCUGAACCGAGUGGCGAGCUUCCUAAGGAACGGAAGGAGAAGCCAAAGGAAGGGCAUGGUUUGGAUGGAGUACCUGCCCCAAGAAGCCCCUGGAAACCUGCAACCCUCCGGGACAGGCCCGGCCAGAUGGAACGGAAGGAUAGCUCUAACCAAGAACCGGACUGUGGGGCAAAGCCCUCGGAAGUCACCCCAGAAGAUGACGGAAGCUUCCAGACUGUGUGGGCCACGGUGUUUGAGCAUCACGUGGAGAGACACAGUGUGGCCGUGGCCAUGGCUGACCCGUCGGAACGCUGUCUCUCAGCCACGCCCCCUCGUGAUGUGGAGCCCAGACCCAGGCCUGAGAGGGAACCCAGGCUGGGGAAGGAUCCACUGGAAGUAGCCAACCUCAGGAAGAGCUCCAGGUGGCCUGGGACCCCUGAGAAACUGGGACAGAGCGCCCCAGUGGAUGGAGAACCACGACGGGGCUCCCCACAGUUCCCAGAGGGAUGCCCUUGGGGGGAGAAGCGAAGUAGCACCCCCUUCCUCCAGCACUCAGGAAGCCCCCCUGCUGCCCAGAGAGUCGAGCCGAAGUUUGACGUCCUUGCGCACACAGUGGUGGAGCGAGUACACAGCGAGGCCAUCUCCACGGUGCCCGAGGUACCCGCCCUGACAUUGCGUAGCCACAAGCCCCGGCUCUCACUGUCCCAGGAGGGCUCCACUGCCCCUACUAGCCCUGGAGGUCAGAUGGGGUCUGUGCAAAGGGCCAGUUUAAUCUGGGAGGCCCGACGAACACAGGAGGCCAACGGGCCGAAAGACACAUCUGGGGGACCUCGCUCCCCAUCACCCAAGUGGACAGCUGGGAAGACCUUGAGCUGGUAUAAAGCCACCAUGGUGGGCAGUGAGGAACCAAGCACGCCCGAGGCCACCUCCACGAGGGUUAUCAAAGCUGCAGUGCAGGAGUCCCCACAGCAGUGCCCUGGUGGGACUGGUACCUCGCCAGGAGGCUGUGUUUCAAUGGCAGAAAAGGAUCAACUGCGGGGUGGGGCCCUGGAGCCCUCUGUCAAGGCCAAGGUUGAGGCCACCAGCUGGAGAGCACCAUCAGAUUUCAUGCAAAGACAUUCCCUGGGCCUGGCCACCAGCGAGGGUGAGCCAAGUCCGGCCAAGGUCCCCGAGUCUGAAGUCAAACUGCGGAAAGCCGGGCCCACGGACGCAAGAGUGGACAGGUGGAGGCGGCGGACACUGCCCCAUGACGUGAAGUUUGACACGUUCAGCUUCCUCCCUGCGGAGAACUGGCAGAAGGCAGAGCGGCGAAGGAUAACGGGGGAUGCAACCGUAGACACACCUCAGUUGUCCCACCCUGGGGUACAGACCCAGGUGGGAAGCCCAGGUGGCCCCCGCAUGAAGCAUGGGUCCCCUGAAGAGCCCAAGGCCACGUUCUUUGCUGUCACCUAUCAGAUCCCAGAUAUCCAGAAGGCCAAGAGCGUUGUGAAGCCGGCAACUGAACAUGUGCUGGAAGCUUCUAGAAAGACCCCUCCGCCUCUGUCUCCUCGUCCCCUGGUUUCUCUUGGCCGUGAGGAGCCACUGCCUGAGACUGCAGGCAGUAAAAGCUGGGCUGAAGGCCGGGAGCGGGAAGACCUAGUGAACAUGGCUAAGAUCCUGGGGCCCACAGAGCAUCCGGCUACUGUUGGGGACAGGCUUCCAGAUCCUUCCAGCGAGAGGAUCAUUGACGUGGAUGCUUUGCAGAUUCAGCGGGGGGCACACCGGGACAUUGGUUUUCGUGGUGAUUGGAAGGACAGUGGGAGCCAGGGGUACCCCAGCAGUAAUGAACCCCAGGCCACGUCCACUCUGAAAAGCCAACCCAGGACCAGGGAGUCGCAGGUGAGACGGAGGACAGAAGUGAUCAGCGACACCUUUCCAGGCAAAGUCCGAGAUGGCUACAGGUCCAGCGUCCUUGACCUCGACAGCCUCAUGGCUGAGUACAGGGAGCAGGCCAGCAAAGUCUCAGGGCAGGCUCAAGAGUCCAAGCGGGGAUCCGCCUGGGAGAGGCCUGGCCAGCCAAGUGGGCCAGAGUGGAAGAGGAGGAGCCUGAAGGAUGCCCCUAAAAUGGAGGGCACCUGGAAAGAUGUCAGUGUCACGGGUGUGGACCAUGCCUACACGCCCAGCCCAGGCAGGCAGCCAACAGAGGCCACCGCGGUAUCCCCCAGCACCAAACCCAGCUCUCCUUUGUGGGCUCUGCCGUACCCAGCCCCUCCGGAGAGACAGCCUGGGGUCCCUUCUGUCUCCGAGGGACCCAAGAACAAAGUCUCAGGAAUCACAGAAGAGGAGAAGCAGAAGCAGGCGUCGAUCAGAAAACACAGUGCCCUGGGCCAGAAUUUCUCCGUGGAGCCCAAGACCUCAGGCCGGGAGGACCUGGGCAGCAGCGAGGCCAAGGGAUCGCCCAGGUCAUCUGACGCUGAGCAGAAGAAGGGGGCCCCCAGAAAAGCCACCAGGCAGGUAGAAGAGGAGGAAGAGGGCCGUGUGGCCCAGUCGGGUGCCCGCCUGACAUCACCUGUGGUCGUCAAGAGGGCCAGUUCGGAGAAGGGCCGCCCCAUCAGCCUCCUGGAGGGCCUGUCUGUCAUGAAGGAAGCCCACGAAAGGAGGCAGGAGCAGGUCCAAGGGAAUGCCAGCCUCACCACAGAGAGUUUGGAGACCAAGGUCGGGCCCGGCAGGUGGGAGUCCAGGCCCCGAGAUGGGCAUAAGGUGCCGCCACGGGACCCUGAGAAGGGAGCUGAGCAGCCGCCCCGGCAGGUGUCCCCUACAGCCUCGAGCCCCCGCAGGAGCCGCAGCUUCCACCGUGACAAGAGGAGCGGGCCCUUCGUGGACCAGCUGAAGCAGUGCUUCUCCAGGAGGACCGGCGAGGCCAAGGACACAGACACCCUCGUGCGGGAGGCUGACAGCCAGUAUGGGACGUGGACGGACCAGCGCCAGUGCCGGGACAGCUUGGCCCCGGAGUCCCCAUCCCCUGACAGUGGCGCCACGACCACGACGUGGAAGCCGUCCCCCGGCGGACGCUUGUCUUCCUCGUCGUCUUCCCAGACGGAGGCCACCUUGAGCACUGGCCAGCAGGAACCCAGCACGGAGCAGCGCAGCACCGGCGGGGACCGCUCCAGUGCCGACCUGGACUCCACUGACGGCACCGAGGGGCCACCCACCCCUGACGCCGGACCUGCGAGGGGAACCGACCACUUCGCCUUCAUCAGUCAAACCUCCAUCCUUGACUCAAGUGCCCUCAAGACCCGGGUGCAGCUCAGCAAGAGAUGCCACCGCCGGGCACCCCUCUCCCACAACUUGCGGCGCAGCCAGUUCAGCCAGUCGGAGAGCUGCUCCCCUCUGGAGGAGGAAACGGACAACGUGUGGAUGUUCAAGGACUCGACGGAAGAGAAAUCGCCCAGGAGGGAGGAGGAAUCUGAUGAUGAGGAGAAGGCACCCAGGGCUGAGAGGACACCCGUCAGCCGUCCUCAGAGGAUGCCCGUCUUCCCAGGGAUGGAUCCGGCCGUGCUGAAGGCUCAGCUACACAAGAGGCCAGAGGUGUCAGACGGUCCUGGUGAGACCCCCAGCUGGGCCCCCCAGCCCAAGACCUCCAAAUCCCCCUUCCAGCCUGGGGUGCUGGGCAGUCGGGUGCUGCCACCCAGCGUGGAGCAGGAGGACAGGUCAGUGGAGCCCUCUCCCCAGUGGCUAAAGGAGCUGAAAUCCAGGAAGAGGCAGAGCCUGUAUGAGAACCAAGCUUGACCAGACAGAAGCCAGCGCCAUGUGUGACCAACAGAGGCCUUAAAGUGUCCAAAGCCGCCGCUGCCCGAGGCCCAGCUGUCGCUGGCCCCCUUCUGCACCAUGUUCAUGUGCCUGGCGGGGUUGCCCUGGGUCUGGACGGGAUGGCCCAGCCUCCACGAGUACCUGCUUCUUUGCCCUACACUGCACUUCUACCCAGGGCACGGGAGCGGUGAAGUUGGGUGGUCCAGCCCAGGAUGGGUUGGUGCCCUCAUUCCCGAUGGGAACACUUGCCUCUCUGCUCACUUUGGACGCCAUCAGGGAUACCCGUGUGGGGCUGCAUCAUCUCCCUCGGUUCGGAAAAACAAAAUGAAACAAACCCCACCUGAAUCAUGAAAGCUCCUCCAGCCUCUGGGCUGGGCGUGUGUAUCGCUGUCUGACCAGCUCCUUCCCUUCAAGGAACCAGCAACUCCACUGUCCUUCCUUCCUUCCCUCCUUCCCGGAUUUCUUUCCCAGCACGCCUCUCCCUCUGGCAUGGGAGUGUGCGUGCGGAGCUGGACUCAAAUCACUGGCAAAGUCACGUUCCUUUGCUGUCGAAGGCGAAGCAGCAAUAAUGGAGGCUGUGGUCCUUGA